AUGCGCUUUUUGCUUCGUCUUCCACAAACCCACCUGCGGAAACUGUCUUGUUCGAUGUCAGUACUCAUGGGCUCGAAGCAAUUCCUCGACUUUUGUCUCGUUCCAUCUUUUGUCGCUUCUUCUUCUUCCCUUUCUCCAUCUCAUACGUCUGGAAGGCAAAGGCAACUAUCUUCAGUUUCUGGAAGAUGUCGUCCGGUUUUUGCCUCGAGACCCGUGUCUAAAAACAGCCCUUAUCACCACAAGACCAAUGGUUUAUCAUCAUCCUACACUUCAAUCUCCAAAGCCCCAGCUCCAGUUGAUCCGGAAGAAGAAGCAGACAAGAGGACUGUUCAAACUAGAUUAGCGAACUUGAGGCGUAAAUUGGCGGAAAAUGGGAUUGAUGCUGAAAACUGCCCCUCGGGACAAUACAGUGGCUUGAUAUGUCCCAAGUGUGAAGGUGGUGAAUCCGGUGAAAAAAGCUUGUCUCUUUACAUUUCCCCUGAUGGUUCGUCAGCUACAUGGAAUUGCUUUCGGGGGAAGUGUGGGUUAAAAGGUGGAGUACGGGUGGAUGGUAGGUUUACAUCUGGAGAUUCAAUAGAGAAGGUUGAAAGAAAAGUUACGGUCGAGAGUUUGGAGCUAGAACCUCUCUGUGAUGAGAUCAAGGAUUAUUUCGCUGCAAGAAUGAUUUCGGCAAAAACACUUGAGAGAAACCGGGUUAUGCAGAAAAGAAUAGGUGAUGAGAUUGUAAUUGCUUUUACGUAUUGGCAAAGAGGGGAGCUUGUGAGUUGCAAGUACCGGUAUCUAACUAAGAAGUUCUUUCAGGAAAAGAACACACGGAGGGUCUUUUAUGGGCUUGAUGACAUUGAAAAAGCGUCUGAAAUCAUUAUAGUUGAAGGCGAAAUAGACAAACUUGCCAUGGAAGAAGCUGGUUUUCGAAACUGUGUGUCCGUUCCUGAUGGAGCUCCAGCGUCGGUUUCUGCAAAGGAAACUCCAUCUGAAGCCAAGGACACGAAGUAUAAGUUUCUAUGGAACUGCAAUGACUACCUAAAGAAGGUUAAACGGAUCAUUAUUGCUACUGAUGGAGAUGGACCUGGUCAAGCUCUGGCUGAAGAAGUUGCACGGCGUCUUGGCAAAGAAAGAUGUUGGCGUGUUAAGUGGCCGAAGAAAAGUGAGGAUGAGCUUUGCAAAGAUGCAAAUGAGGUGCUCAUGUCUAAGGGACCUCAUUCACUCAGUGAAGCUAUUCAAAGUGCUGAGCCAUACCCUAUACAAGGAUUGUUUCGCUUCAAAGAGUUCUUUGAUGAAAUUGAUGCCUACUAUCAUAGGACUCAUGGACACGAGUAUGGUGUUUCAACCGGGUGGAAAACAUUGGACAACUUCUAUAGUGUUGUGCCAGGGGAGUUGACGGUUGUGACAGGGGUUCCUAAUUCCGGAAAGAGUGAAUGGAUCGAUGCUCUCUUAUGUAAUCUCAACCAUAGUGUUGGCUGGAAAUUUACCCUCUGCUCAAUGGAGAAUAAGGUACGAGAUCAUGGCAGGAAACUUUUGGAAAAACAUGUGGAGAAGCCCUUCUUUGACGCGAAUUAUGGGAGAACUGUCCCACGGAUGAGCGUUGAGGAGUUGGAUGAAGGGAAACAGUGGUUGAAUGACACCUUCUCUCUCAUAAGAUGUGAGAUGGAUUCACUUCCAAACAUCAGUUGGGUUCUGGAACGUGCGAAAGCUGCGGUUCUUCGGUAUGGGAUUCGAGGACUUGUAAUAGAUCCUUAUAAUGAGCUUGAUCAUCAACGUACUCCAGGACAGACGGAGACAGAAUAUGUUAGCCAGAUGCUUACAAAGAUAAAACGCUUUGCGCAACAUCACUCUUGUCAUGUGUGGUUUGUUGCACAUCCGAAACAGCUGCAACAAUGGGACGGUGGUCCACCAAACCUUUAUGAUAUCAGCGGGAGUGCGCAUUUCAUUAACAAAUGUGACAAUGGGAUUGUUAUUCACAGAAACCGCGAUGAAAACGCUGGACCCCUUGAUCUAGUGCAAAUUUGUGUGAGGAAAGUACGAAACAAGGUUGCAGGACAAAUCGGUGAUGCGCACUUGUGUUAUGACAGGGCAACUGGUUUGUACUCAGAUUCUCCUAUAACGCCUGAGAAGCCUGAAAGGAGAUCAAACAGACGGUCAUGA